UUCUUUGUGGUUCUCGUUUAUUUGCAUCAAAAGGUGUCAGCCCAUCAGUCAUAACAAUUGUCUUAAAUGUGGCAGUUCCUGCCCAUUUGCAAGUAACACAAUUUUAUUUACUCACCAAAGCCACUUGGUGAGUGCUUUUUUUACAGACGUUCUGCUCAUAUUCAGUGUGCAUGAAACGUUGGGUUACACUGGUGUUUACCAGCCAUCUCAGACAACAUUAGCCAUUAAAAGGAAUGCAUAUAUGUUUGUUCAUAGUGCAUGUGUGUUCACAAUGUGUCCGUGCCAGGUUGGGAGGAGGGGCACAUUGAGGGCAACCACACCCAAGCUUAUUGGGGGCCACACCUCUUUGUGGAAUCUACUGCAGCUGGGUCACAUGACCCCCACUUCCACCCCCAUGCCUAAGCAUUAUCACAUUUCUCCCUCUCUCUCUCUCUCUCCAUUAAUACUGCUGUUCUACUCUAUGAGACUGGUCUCUCGACUGCUAUUCGGUCUUAAAGAAUUGGGUGUGACUCGGCUCGGCUUGAAGAGGGAGGCAACGCAGGAUUGCUGACUACUCCUCCCUACUGGUUCAAUCUUUCUCUCCUCUUGUCUUUCUCCAGCUGGCGGAUUGUCUAUAUCGUCAAUCUGGUCAGAGUGUCAGACGAGUCCGAAGAAAUCCACCGCAGCCACCUCUGAGCCUGUUGAGGAGAUGCCAUCCAUACAAAUCAAGCCGGAGCCAGAGGAGGUGGAGUGUAUGGUGAAACAAGAGCCAUUAGACGAUUGUCCCGAGCCUACAGACCUCAAAAUCAAAUCCUCGCCCCCUCCGCUCCGUGACAUCAGCACCCAACACAACGAUGACGACCAGACGGAACCUGUGGACCUGUCCCUCAACAAGCCCCGCCCCUCCCUUCCGGUAGCCACGGCAACCUCCACCCCUGCGAACAUCACGGCGAGCGCCACCAUCCCGGCGGUGCUGUCGCCGGGCUCCAUCCUGGCGUCCACGCAAGGGGUUGGAGGUCAGCAGAUCCUGCAUUUCAUCCACACCAUACCCUCUGUGAGCAUGCCCAGUAAAAUGGGGCAGCUGCAGACCAUUCCUGUGGUGGUGCAGUCCUUACCGGUGGUCUACACAACCGUACCCACAGACGGAGUGGCUACCGCCGCCAUCACAGUGCCUCUCAUCGGAAGCGACGGCCGGUCGGAGGGGUCAGUUCGUAUAAAGCCGGGCUCAACAUCUCCAGUCGAGUAUCAGUCUGAAAGUGAUGCUGAGAGUGGCACAGAGUCUGGAUCUGCCUCUUUCAGCACACAAGGGAUGGAACCCAGUAUGAAUACAGAUGUGGACAUCCAAGUUGACCCUGACUCACCAGACAUGAAGAGAAGGCGCGUACACAUGUGCGAUUAUGACGGCUGCAACAAAGUCUACACCAAGAGCUCGCAUCUAAAAGCCCAUCGCAGAAUACACACAGGUGAAAAGCCAUACCAGUGCACAUGGGAGGGCUGUACCUGGCGCUUUGCCCGCUCGGACGAGCUGACGCGGCACUUUCGCAAGCACACCGGCAUCAAACCCUUUCGCUGCACCGACUGCGACCGCAGCUUCUCCCGCUCUGACCACCUGGCACUACACCGAAGGCGCCACGUCAUGAUGUGAAACUCUUUGUGCCCAUCCCUCACCAGCCCUCACCUCCCUGCCUGCUCCUCAGGAGACAUGCACGCCCAUCUGGGGGUUCCAAAAUGCUAUUGACAUCACCUCCCCAGUCUCCAGAUGUGAACAUAUGUGUUAAAUAUGGAGAUAUAAGGGGUGGCACGACCAUAUUGGGGACCCCUACUGGUCAGAACAUGGAUGCAGUUUUCUGCCAUGCUUCCAAAAGCCACAAACCACCCGUCCACUGGUGACCUCCACCGCCAUCUCAAUGCCUGCUCAUUAGUCGUUACUUGAAGUGACUACAAGAAAGGCAAACUGCAUGCCGCACUGCUAUAACUAUAACCGAGAAUGAUGACUGGGGAAGGUACUCCUUAUUGUGAUGAUUCUUUUAAAACAAGUACAGAAAAAUAUGAGAAAGUAAAGGAUUUUAUGCAAGAUGAAUGCAAGAUGGUGAAGAGAAGGUAGAAUUAUGUGAUAAGUUUGAUCAUUUUAAUGAGAUGGGUGGGUUGGAGAUGUAUCUACAACUGCCUUGUUGAAUUCUUACAUUUUAUCCAAACUUUUUGUUGUGCUAAAUUUGUAUACACACGCUCUACAUGCAUUUU